UCUUGGCACCAUGGCGCCUUUCUACGUAUUUUUGGUGUUUUUAAUUCAGGGUUCCCUUACACUAGCUAACAAAGAAGAUGCUUCUGAACACGAAGAAACUACCCGUGACAUCUUAAAAGAGACCCCAGAUAUAGAUGCAGUUUCAGAAAUCAAAGACAUUAACAAAGAAUGGUUAGAUAUAUUUUUGUUACCUGAAGAUAACAAUCUAUUCCCGACACCAUCUGCAGCUAUGAUGUCACAAUUAACAAAAUCAGACAAACCAGCAGAAGAGCAAAUAGAAGACAUCAAAGAACUAGCUACUCAAAUAUCUUUAGCAAUACAAAGUGAAAUGGCAAAUCUUCUUCGUUACGCUUUAAAAGACUGUGACAGUGAACUUGAAGAAAACAGUCUAAGAAAGAAAAGAUCAGCAGAGUCCCCUAUGGAUAGCUCUCAACUAGUUAUGAGAUUAUUAAGGCAUAUUAAAUCAAACAAUGAAUACCAAAAUAUCGCUAUAGAUAAGAUGAUGACUGCUCAGGAAAUAGCAGACAAAUACGGUAUAGAGUUCAACCCAGAUCCGGAAAUACUAAGUGAUUUGGCUACUGCUGCAAAUGAUCAAGCGAAAGAAAUGACAUCUAUCCUUAAUGAUGUUUUAAAAAUUAAAAACAUCACGCAAAGUACCGUUGAAUUUAAGCCUGUAGAGCAAGAAAGUGUAAAAAAUUCUACCAAUGAAGAUGCCUACUACGUGUACUCUGUACAAGUCCCUGAACACGAAAUUAUUGCUCAACUCAAUGCAGUGCCGCAUCAUGAGUAUCAUCCUGAAAUAAUUCAAUACGUGCCACAAGAUAUGAAUCAUUAUCAAUACGAUCUUCGUGCUAAACAAAACCACUACUAUUACCCCGAAUCCCAGAUCGUCCCCCCUCCAGUCCAUCAACAUUAUAACCCAGUAAGCCCAAUGCCAAAUUUCUACGAACCAAAUACCCUCUACCCCUCCCAAGAAUUCUAUCCAAAAUACUGUCCUACAGAACCCGUUACUACAACAACUACGAUCGUCUUACCAAUCGAAGAGCUUAUUGAACCUGAACCACAGCUAGUUGGGGAAGAAUACGAAGAAACCGUUACUUCUAAGGUGUACGUUGACCACGGAGAUGAACCCGGCGAGAGCACAGUCAACCAUGUAAUGACCUACACAAUUUCAGAGAAAUCCCAUUUUAAAACUCCCAAAGUGGAGAAACUUCCCCAACAAAUGCAGUAUUAUUUCUUUUUAAUGUAAUUAUUAUAAAUAAUGCAUGUUAUUAUAUUAUAAA